AUGGGUGCGGGACAGAUUGGCGGAAUUGCGACACUCUUGGACAUAGAUUUUGAAAAUGCUGCCGGUUUUCUUGGGCAUACCGCAGAUGUCUCAGAAGCACAGUUUGUCGUUUAUUAUUUGUCUCACGCCAUGAUGUUUUGCGCCGGUGUCCUGUUAGAAGCUCACGUUGUACUCACGCCAGCCAGUUGUGUUGUCGGGGAAAAAUACAAAUUUGAACUUUACGCUGGCACUCACAAGUUUUUAGAGAAUACAGGAGUUAGUAGACAGGUGCAUCAUAUUUGCUUGCAUAAAGGAUACAAUCAUACAAUGCGAUGGAAAGUCUGUACCUCUGACAAUCUCGCAUUGUUGAUACUCAACCAGCAGUUUUCAUUUCAUAUGCAUGAAAAUGGCGCGGAAUACAUUGUAAACAGGGUACGAUAUGGAGUUGCGGCACCGAAUGGUGAAGCUCGAUAUAAAGAUCGUUCCUGUAGAUUUUAUGGAUGGGGUAGCAGAAGAAAUGGGUUUUUAAUUCCAUUAUUGAUUAAUCUAUAUCGUCUGGACGUUACCGUUUUACCCUCCGAGAAUUGCCAUCAAAUGUGGAACUAUAAAAACAAAUAUCUUUGUAUUCGUCAGCCAGCUUGUAAGUCUGAGAAGCAUGGAGCAUUGUGUCCGGACGACCUGGGAUCUGUAGUCGUGUGCUCCGGUUAUGUUCUCGGUAUGAUGACAUCUCGUCUAAUCGACCGUCCUUGUGGAGUGGGAUUCACAGAUUUAUCAAAAUACAACAAAUUUCUUACAUGUGGUGUUGACGACUCGCGUGAUCUUGUUGAUCAUGAUGUGUAUAUGGAGUUUGAUACUGCUAGACCUUUGAUGUCGCUUCAAACUGUCAGCAAUGGGAAAUCAACUAAAACAAAAACGACUACCCCUAAAAAGAUUUAA